UUUAACUUAUCCGCCUCAUGAUCUCAUCCCCGCCCCCCUCAGCUCCCGCACUCCGUCACCUUCCUAUCUCAUCUAUCCUUUCUAAAUUUUAUACUCCUGCCUCGUGUGAUCCGAUUUCUGGUUUUGUUUCAAGGAUCAAAACCCCCAUUGUUUGCUGGCUUGUGGCUUUUCCUUGUGUUCCAUGAUCCAAUGUUCGCAAACAUGCGUAUGCAUAAGAUUUUGCAAAGGGGACUGUUCUUUAAUCGCCUCCAGCUUUGGACGAUGCCGAGCUUGGACGAUUCUCCUCGUUUAAUGACUCCGGUCUCAAGAGCUGGCAUUAACAAAAUCUGGAAUCAUACCGCUUGUGCUAGUGUUAUUGGAGUCAAUGGACUGGAGGCUGUCAGUUUUUGGAACAGCGGCAAGGGAAUUCGUCAUUCCUCGUCUGAUAGCAAUGGUCGAUGUACUGCAAAGGAGUUCUCUAGUAAAUUACUUAAAAGUAUUCCAGACCAUGUGAAGAUAGUGGAGGUUGGUCCAAGGGAUGGAUUGCAGAAUGAGAAGAAUAUAGUUCCUACUGCCGUGAAAGUUGAAUUGAUAAACCUGCUAGUUUCUUCUGGGUUGCCUGUUGUCGAGGCUACAAGUUUUGUGUCACCAAAAUGGGUACCACAGCUGGCAGAUGCAAAGGAUGUAAUGGCAGCAAUUCAGAAUGUCGAAGGUGCUAGAUUUCCAGUCUUAACUCCAAAUCUUAAAGGUUUUGAGGCAGCUGUUGCUGCUGGUGCAAAGGAAGUGGCUGUGUUUCCUGCAGCUUCAGAAUCAUUCUCUAAAGCAAAUCUAAACUGUAGCAUUGAGGAUAAUCUUGCUCGAUGCCGUGACAUUGCUUCAGCUGCUAGCAAGCUCUCAAUCCCUGUUCGUGGAUAUAUAUCUUGUGUUGCGGGAUGUCCUCUUGAAGGAUUUGUUGCUCCAGCUAAAGUAGCCUACGUGGCAAAAGCACUCUAUGAUAUGGGUUGCUCAGAGAUUUCACUAGGCGAUACCAUUGGUGUUGGCACACCUGGUACUGUCAUUCCAAUGCUUGAAGCUGUUCUUGAUGCUGUCCCUGUUGACAAGCUUGCUGUUCAUUUUCAUGAUACUUAUGGGCAGGCUCUUUCAAAUACUCUUGUCUCACUUCAGAUGGGGAUCAGCACGGUGGAUUCGUCGGUGUCUGGUCUUGGGGGUUGCCCAUAUGCGAAGGGUGCAACGGGGAAUGUUGCCACAGAGGAUGUUGUGUACUUGUUGAAUGGACUGGGAGUGAAAACCAACGUUGACCUCAGAAAGCUUAUGGCGGCUGGGGAGUACAUCUGCAAGCAUUUAGGACGUGUUUCUGGUUCUAAAGCUGCAACUGCCUUGACUAAACUUACAGCUAAUGCCUCCAAACUCAUGCUGCUAUAUCGAGAGGGACUAGUGCCUCAACCCUUGAUACAGUUUUACGGAGUGAGCGCAUCAGUAACGCGUUUUUGUCAUGACUAAUGCUGUUUAUUUCGCGAAAGAAGAGUGCGCAGGGUGGUUCUUUGACUGGGAACAUAGGAUCAAUAAUGGCCAACCACCCCUUAAGAGAGAGGCAGAUGGAGGAUGGUAGGCUUUGGCCGAGCAAUUAAUUACUACUAUAGACUAUGAUAGCGCUGUGGGUAGUUGUCUGAUAAAUCUCAUGUAUAUCGUCCUCUUGGCUCUUGCUUUUAAAUAAUUCUGACGCAAUAACAGCCUUUACGAAAGUAAAUUUGUACCUCCGGUCACAUAACAAAUUAACAA